ACGACUUCUUGUUUACAAAAAUUGCUCUCAAAAUUAAUUACAUCAAAAAAUGUCAGAUAAUCCAGAGAAUGCACCAGAACAUUGCCCUGGAACAAAAAGUGACGAUGCUGGUAAAGCGUCUGCAUGUGCAGGAUGUCCAAAUCAACAAAUAUGUUCAUCAGGACAGCCGAAAGGAGUUGAUCCAGGAAUUGAAUUGGUAAAGAAUAGACUUGUUGAUGUUAAGAAUAAGCUGAUGAUAUUGUCAGGAAAAGGAGGUGUUGGAAAAUCCAGUUUAACUAAUCUUAUCUCUCGUACAUUCGCACACAUGAAUAAUAAUGAGAAUUUUGGAGUGCUUGAUAUCGACAUCUGUGGUCCAUCACAGCCAAGAAUGUUUGGUGUCAUUGGUGAGCAAGUUCAUCAAUCUGGUUCUGGAUGGUCUCCUGUAUUUAUUGAGGAUAAUUUGUCACUUAUGUCUAUUGGAUUCUUACUGGAUACGCCAGACGAUGCCAUAAUAUGGCGUGGACCAAAGAAGAAUGGAAUGAUUAGACAAUUUUUAAGUGAAGUUGAUUGGGGAACUUUAGAUUAUUUGAUCAUAGACUCACCGCCAGGAACUAGCGACGAGCAUUUAAGCGUAUCCACUUAUUUAUCAACAUCUGGUGGUAGUUGGGGUGCUGUGCUGAUUUCCACGCCCCAGGAAGUAUCACUUUUAGAUGUACGGAAGCAAAUUUCAUUCUGUAAGAAGAUGAACAUUCCAAUUAUUGGAGUUAUUGAGAAUAUGUCGUCAUUUGUGUGUCCAAAAUGUUCAACGGAAUCAAAAAUCUUCCCAAGUAACUCUGACGUUCAAAAUUCAACACAGAUCAUGUGUAAGGAGAUGAAUGUUGAAUUUUUAGGAAGUGUUCCACUUGAUCCACGUCUAACACGCUGCUGUGAUGAAGGAAAGAAUUUUGUAACAGAAUGUGAAGACAGCACAGCAGUAAUAGCACUCAAACAAAUUGUUGAAAAUAUUAAGAAACAUUUUAAUUAAUAAAAAUUUCUAGAGGAUUCUUUUUCUACAAGUAA